AUGCAGCUCGUCACUGCCUCGCCUAUUCAACUUCUUCUGCUCUUACUGGCGCUAGCCCACAACGCCGUCUCUGAUAAGCCACUCAUUAUUGAAAACGGGGCUGUUUGCGAGAAUAAAGCAACCGGAUUUUUCGUCGUCGAUAAUACGAUUCUUAGCACAGCUGACUCCAUUGUCUACAAGGAUACACCUGAAGAAGACUGCCUUACUACAUGCUCCACAAACAGGGAUCGGUUCGGACGUUCAAUUCUGUGCGCAUCGUUUGUAUACGAUCACGCCUCAUUUACUUGCACGAUUUUCAAAGAAAAAGCGAAACCAGAAGGAAAAGCCGACGUUAUCCAAUCUGUCGGCAAACGCUACUUUGAGAAAGUCUGCUUAGGAGGUAAUGUACCGACUCAAUUAUUCAACGAAUCACUGUUUUAUUGGAUAUUUUUCCAUUCAGAUGAUGUUCCAAUGGAAUGUGCUGAUUCGCAGUUCAUUCGGGCUGAUGAUUCUGUUCUGAUCGGAUUCGCCCGGAACGUAACGCUUGUGGAAACAAUGGAGCAGUGUGUAGAGCAGUGUGUCAAGGAGAGCGAUUGCAAAUCUGCCAUGUACUUCUACGAAGAAGGAGAAUGCAUCACGAACACCGAGUCCGCGCUGUCAAAGCCAAGUGCGUUCGCAAAGGAGGAGAACGAAAAGGUUGUCUACUUCCAAAACGGAUGCCUUACCAAACUUCAGACUCAGGAAAGUGUGACCGAAGCCGUUGAGGCGACCACAAUGUCGGAGUCCAGUGAGACGACAGACGAGGUUGAGACCGCAGAAACAGAGUCACCUACACUCACCACUACAGAACCAUCCGACAGUACAGACGAGUCAGAUGGAGCCGAAAUGGGUCAGGAAAGCGACAGUGGCCGAGUAACGGCUGCUGCCACAGAAGAGCCAGAGGUUUCCGAUUCUAUGGAAACGGCUGACGAUCAUGAAGCUUCCGAAAUUGAACAGCCUUCGCACACAGCUGCUGAAAAUGUGAGUGAGGAUGAGGACGUUGAGGAAACUACAUCAGCUGAAACAACUCCAGCGGCUAUCGAAGUUACUACAGCUGACUUGGAACCUGAAAUGAAGGUGGAAGACGACGACGAGGAUUAUGUGGCUGAAGACGACAGCGAAGAUACAGAAACUGCUACAACGGUAAGACAACUGGAGAAGAAGGGAGAAAAAGCCAGUUACAUAAAGUACAAGAAACAUCCAAAGAACUUUGCAUCAAAAAUACGUACGCCAGAGAAAGAGCCAGAGGCUGAGACGGAAACAACCCCAGCUGACGAUGUUGAAGAGAAGGCAGUAGCAGGAAGUUCCAGUGCCGAAGAGGAGAUUGGUGACUCAUUUGCUGGUGAGGAUGAUGGUGAGCCAGUCGAAGGAGAAAUGGCCCCAGUUGAAGGGAAGAAGCACCUUUCAAUCAAGAGGGUGCUGGAAAAUAAAGAGGAUGGUGAGCCAAGUUACUGUAAUUUGUUAAAGGAAUAUCCAACGUACUUCUCUGACUGGUCCGAUUGGACUCCUUGCACGAAAGCCGGCGAACGACAGAUUCGUCGUCGAAAGUGCCUUGAUUUACGCCGUUGCCUCGGCGCUUUGAUGCAGGUCCGCAACUGCCCCGCAGUAUUGCCCGAACCAGUUCGUAAGUUUUUUUUUUCUACCUUUAAGUAUAUAUUGAAUAAGAAGUCGCAUGUUCCUACGGACUUUUUAGAAUCCGGUCCUAUCGAAUCGGUGCGAUCCGUGAUCGAUGUGCCUCGAAUUCCAGAAUAUGACGACACGGACGGUAGAUGUUACAAUUUUGUGAUAUUCUUCUUGCAGCAUUUCGCUUCCGGUCAGCCGUGCAACAAUGGCGAAAUGAUCGGUUUUGAGUCUCGUGAAUGUAUCGCAAAGGAGCCAAGCCUCUGUGAAGGGCCCUUCUUCAGAUACUGUACAUUGCCAUGUUAA